AUUAAAUAUGUAACAGAACUCCGUAAGAAAGUUACGGAUUUGAAUUGUGUAAAUUAGGAUUUGAAGAAAAAACUUCUAAGCUGUUUGCUUCCUGUUUGGAACAGAUAUAAAAAUGAUUGAAUUGAUUAAUAUAUUCUGUAUUCCAUCAUUGUCAUAUUUUUUACCUUUAUGACACUAAAAGUCAAUGUCAUAACAAUAGUCCAAAAAGCACUCUCUUUCCUAAACAUGUGACUAAAAUAAAUAUGUAGACCAAUCAGUCAAUACAAUACAAAACAUUUAUCAAUAUGAAACUGUGAGACAGUAUAAACAUAUAAUCAUGAAACCCUAUCGUCGAACUAACAAGGCUUUUAUGGUGGAAUUCCGGUCUGCUUCUCGGCUGGGGCGAGUGAAAGUUCUGGUAAAGGAAUUCGCUUGCGACAUCCGCAGUCUAUGGCGAUAUGGUGCACCAUUCCCCACCUUCCUCAAGCUCAUCGCCACAAUGCUUUUAAUUCUCCUCGUUUUGAUGCCCCUACUCUACCCUAUAUUCGUCGUGUGCGUUACUUAUUUUGUUUAUGAAGGACUUUUUUUAAGUUGGUGGCUAAACCAGCCUUAUCAUUUUUAUCCCACGAGAAUUAUGAGCCGCGCUGUGUCCACCAUUUUCCGUCCUUGUCCGGUUAAUGACAUGUGGAAGGUUCGCGAAGUAUUGACCCGAAGUAUUCUCCUAGCCCACUCACUAGCUACAUCCGUCGACUACCUCUGUGUGAUGCAGGGACUCCUUGAUGACGCUUAACACGUAUGUACUCAUUAAAAAUAUACUUUUAAUAGUAACA